GGUGGGGGGGACUUGGGAAUUGGUUUAGAACCAUAACCGAAGAUAACCGAAAACCAGAAAGAUCGGUUCGGUUAGGCGUGCUCCUUGUUGUGCUUUGAUCAAAAUCCGUUUUCCUCUCUCUCUCUCUCUGCUCUGCUCUUAUUGAUGGCGAAAAAUCUAAGAUAUGUCCUUGUUUUUGUUUUGGGUUUGCUGUCUUUGAUCAGAAUCCGUAUUCCGUGAAUAUCCUGAUGGCUGGCUACGACAACGAGAGUGGCGCAUCCCUUUACUACAUCGACUACAUUGCAACCCUUCACAAAGUUGACAAGGGAGCUUUCGGUUACGGCUCCUACUUCUCCCUCUCCACCAUGGACAGGCACUACCGCAGCGACAUGUCUGCUGAAGAAGCCAUCGAACUGGUCGACAAAUGCAUACUUGAGAUCCGAUCAAGACUGGUCGUUGCGCCUCCAAACUUUGUUAUCAAGAUUGUUGACAAAGACGGAGCUCGUGACUACGCUUGGCGUCAGUCCGUUCAGGACGUCACAACUGCUGCUGUCUAACUUAGUUUGAUUUAUGCUGUGUAACAUUUAUUGUUUAUUGGGAGACUAUUGUUUGUCUUUUUAUUUAGUUCAAGAAUCAACAUUGAAGAUCAAGCAAAUGAUGUAUUUCUU